GAGUAAGGGCUUGUCCAGAAAGGGCGCAAUACGCGCGAAUCACGCGCGAGUCGAGGGUCUGGCGUUAUAUGGUCACGCGAUUUACGCGCGUAUUUUGAAUUCGCGCGAUGCUUAUGGACGCGAUGUAUUCGUGCCUAAUAUCUCAAUAGCGCGCGAAUGAAUUCGCGCGAAACGUUUCGCGACGAAUUCGCUUCUUCUGGACAAAGUCUUAGCAUUUACAAAAACGUGGUGUACAUAGACAACUAUAUUUUACGUUUAUCUUAAAAGUAUGAGUUAGAAAGAAACCUCCAUUCAGUUAGCACAAGUGUCUCCAACAAAUAAAGAUGCAAGAAUGUUCUGUGAAAAAACGAAGGCACCUCUGGAGCUGGGCCAGUGGCAGUACUCCCUGAAACAUAUGGACUCAGCCGUCGUGGAGAACCCUGCCGUGUCUAUAAACGAAGGUCAGGUGUAUGUGUACGAGAACUACUUUCCUGGUUACACGAUAAGGUACAUUCACGUGGACAACUUGGCGAUUAGAACCUGUGGGGCGAGUGCGUCGAUCAAAGCGGGCGGUGUGGGGACUUCCUCCGUGCUCAUAGUCCUACGUGCAUACAUCAACCAGGAGAUCAGGUCCGUAGUCGAUAUAUGGGGAGAAAAGAAAGUGUCGAAUAACACAAACGCAUUGAACAACACUCAACUGAGUCUCAACCCUGAGGAAGUGAAAAAUAUCAACUAUAAUUAUUUAUUCAAAGACACGCGAGCUUUGAAUCACAAUAGACAAAAUUUACAUUAAACUAUAUUUAUUUUUCUAAUCUGAUGUACAGUUUUUAUUAAA